AUGUCGUAUCCCAAGCCAACCGCCAUCUCUCAUAUCCAACGCGUUGACGUCGAGACACGCGAUGGAAGUCGGUCUUCCGAUGCAGGCCCGUCGACACACCACGUCAAGCUCUCACGCAGGCCCGUCUGCCUCAACGCGGUUUCGCGGGACGCGAUUCAAGUCAAUUCCCUCCCCAACUUCGCAGGUCUCUUGUCGAGCACGUCUGCGAGGGCAUCGAGUGUGAAGGAUUUGGGUAAUAUGGUCCGGGUCCUCUGCCACACGCACACCGCCCUCCCAACUUCGGCCACUCUCCGGCGGCACAUGACGACCCACAUGACGGACUUGAUGCUCGCGUCCGUCUCCCCGCACAAGACCACCCUCCUCCCCUCGCACACCAUCGUCGUUGCGCACUAUGUUGACCCUCCCCACCUUCCCUCCUGCGGAUCGCGGCUGUGCGGCUCGAGGCGCAGACACUCAGCAAUGGUCAACGCCGUCGCGGGCGUCGGCAAAUACACGAUCAAGUGCGGUGGGCCGCCUGUCGUCACGCGGCUCAAGGGCGCCAAGGUGCGGUAUGACCACAAGUGGGGGAUGCUCCGUGUGGAGUACGAGAAGGCGGACAGUCGUCGGAUUCAGAGUCUGCCGUUGUCGGCGCAGGGCCGGCUGACGCUGAUAGGACGCCGACGCUGCCGCCGUCAUUGUCGUCGCAGACAAUCGAGUGCAAGCUCCGCUGCGAUCUCGACACGGACGGCAGCGCUGGACAUCGUCGCGGACCCGCCGCUGCAGAACGUGACGUGUCUGCAGCGGCACCGGCUGUCGCAGGGCAAGGUCGUCCUCAUUCAAGUCGCUCUCCAGACCACCGAAUCCAAUAAGCUCGCCGGGCGCGUCUCCAACGUCGUCGCGCGCGACCUCACGUUCUCGCAGUACCUCGUGCUGCUCACUGUCGCAGAUGUGUUCCUCGUCAUGUCGCUGCACGAGGGCAUGGCGCUGCGCACGCACGGGUUCGUCGAGUGCCAGGAGGGACGGCACCGGCCGCUCAUUCUGAGCGAGUUCAUGGGGAGCUAUAGUCAUAGCGGAUUCAGGAGCUGUAUUGCGGUGAACCUGCAGCUAGCUAUCUGUUGUGUAGUGCAUUAA